AUUUAAAUUAUUAGUUAUGAUUGGAUUUUAAUAAAAGAAAAAUUAAAAAUGGAUUUAAAUAUUCGAAUUAUUGAAGCUGUUCGAAAUUGUCCUGACUUGUAUAAAGUGAAUGGAAUCAACCUUGAAAACAGAAAGGAAAGUUGGAGACUGUUAGCGGAAAAACUAGGAAUGAAAGAGCAAUAUUUAAAAAUACGAUGGCAUUCUUUGGUGCAGAGAUAUCAACGCGACAAUAACUUUAAAUAUCGCGAUAAAAUGAGAUUUUUGCAGAUUGUUAAACCUAAAAUUACGCAGGCGAAAACUGAACCAGAAUUUCUAAUAACACGGAAUAAUCUUUUAGAAAAACCGAAAAAGGAAUAUGUUUUUGUAGAAGUUGAAAAUUUUAAGAAAUUUGAGACUGAACAUCUAUGCGUCGUUACAAGUGCAGCGCAUAGUUCCCAAAAGCCUACAAAAGAAGAAAAAUGUGUUAAAUCCGAAUCUGAAAUCAAGCAUUCUACUAAUUUAUUAGCAAAGGAUGGGCAGACGACUCGAAGAGAAUGCAUAAAUAUAACUGCAACAACUUCUUCAUUACCGAUUAGAAGAAUGGAACAAGAAACGCAAAGCAAAAGCGAUAAUAGAUGUGAGGAUGAUAUUUUUGGAGAAUUAGUCACAGUUAUGUUGAAACGUAUGGGUGAGGACAAAAAACGUAAUGUUAAAAAAGAAAUUAUGAACUUAUUAUUAACUUAACAAAAUUAUAAAAUGAAACUCAUUUAGUUGGAACCAAUUUUAAAUGUUUAUUCAGUUUGUUCCACUUAAAACGCGUACUAUUUCCACGGCCUUGCCUGUGCAAGCAAAAAUGCAGGCCCUUUCUGGCAAAUGUAGCAAAAAGGGUAUCAUAUGCAGAACCAAAAAUAUUUUUAGGGAAAUCAAAGAAAAUAAUGCACACAGGGAGCACAGGUCGCCACAUAUCUCAGAGGACAUAUAAAUCUGAAAUUUUAUUAAUAUAAAAACGAAAAAGGGCGAUAAAUAUAUUGUUAAAGAGUUACAAGUUUAUCUACACAUUAAAAGGAGGAUAAUCUAUGUUCAAGUUGUACUAGCGGUAGUGGAAAAAUUAUAGCUCUAUUCCGAUAAGCAAUUAAAAAAUAAAAAAAGUCUUAGAUAGAGGCAUGCCUAUAGUCGUCGAGAAUGUAUCUGCUUAAUACCCGCUCUUAUCUGUGGGCCGUAAUUUCUUUUUCCUUUCCAAUUAAUUUGGUUUGGUUUAGUAAUAAUAACUAUAUAAUAACAUUUUCUAAUAUAAUUAGUUAAUUGAGGUGCCAAUAAAAUUUUAAAGUCUCUUGCGGCAAAGUAAUUAAUAAAUAACUUCUUUGGUGUACUUUGGAAGUAAACGUAGACGUAAACGCGAUAGCAAUUAUAAGUUGUGGACGGAUCUGAUGGCCAUUUAAAUCUACCGAAAUUACCAAGUGUUUUAAUACAGUGCGGAUAUUCAUUCCACAACCUAACGGCAAAGUAGCCGCGAUGUUAUCAUCAGGCAGAAUUAAACGCAUCGCCUCUACCGAUCUACCAAGCACCAUUUUCUCAUGUAAAUAACCAGCGGAUGAGCUUGUGCAAAAAAAAGAGUAGAAUCCAGUUAUUGAGAUGUUAGUAAAGCCUUCCAAUCCAUCGCUAGAGAGAAAUAUAUAUUUACAUAAUAAGAUAUAAGCGGCGCGACGAGACCUUCAAUGGGCCUCAGUUUAGUGAUAACGGGAACAUAAGAUGAAAAAAGCCACAUCUUCCUCAAAAUAUGAUGUAUACGCAUGGCAAUAAUUGGCAUGAAUGAUCCACAGCUCUCAUACGGGAAUUGAGCUUAUAACCAAGAUUAGAUGCCUGACAAACAAGUUCGAUCUCCUCAUCGCGCGUCUUAACAGGAGGCAGGGAUUUAACAUCAUAACCAACUAUGGCUUUAGUUUGUCUAGUAUUUAUCUUUAAGUUAUUAGGAUUGGACUAGAGAGAAAUACGAUCUAGAACUUCAUUAAUACGUUGGACAAGAGAUAGAUCUGUACUAAAUUUCUAUAUGUAAAGCGUAGAUGUCUAGAACAUUAGUAAAGAAUGAAGAGCUGAUGGAGUAAGCGAAGAGUUAUAUUGCAGAGAAACAACAGCCAUUAAGUAGAAACCGGCGAACACAGUUCUAAAUCCUUGCAGUCGUUAAAUCCUUUUGUUUACUUUCAUUAUUUUUUUACAGUCAAUCCUGAAUAUGUAAUACUUUACAUUAUACAUUAGUCUAAUAUCUCAAGUCCUUUGCAUAUAUGCAUUUCUUUUGAGAAUACAUCUGAUUUACCGAUCGGCAGUGUAUUAAUAUCUCUUUUGCUUUCGACGGCAACUGC